AUGCCCGAUGCAUACUGCAACCCGUCCCAAGCCGUUCGUUCUGAUGAAAUUGGCCUCUCCAAGCGCCAGUGCGUCUUCAACCCGCAGACAAGUAAAUACGACUGUGACGAGAACAUACCUUCGGUGAAGCAGAUGGUGGAUCGAAUGCGCGACAAGGAUGACCAGGGCACCGCGGACGCCGAGCACAGCGUCGUGUUCUACACUAAUCUUGGUACUGAGCACAAGGUGUCUGAGCAGUGGAUCUUUGGAUGGUUGAAGAAGGAGGGCUUGGAGGACAAGUACUACUACCUACGCACGGUCAUCAACGAAAAGUGGUACGUGGCACAGGCCCUUCACAUUCUCGAGAACAUGGGAGAACCCCACAACAUCGAGAACUUCAGCAACUGCUACUGCCAAGCACUUUCGGUUGCAGCCGUCCACCCGAUUGCCUAUCUCUUCACGACCAAGGGCGCAAAGUGGCGUGAAGAUUCAACCUGGUCUGUGGUCGAGUACCCUUACCUGACCCAGAACCCAAACAUCAAGGAGAUCUGGCGUGUCGAUCCUCGGCCUCCCAGCAUCAAGGGCAUCAGUGAGGAGGAGGCCUGCAAUCAUGAUAGACCAGAGCUCCUAUGGAGUCGAGAAAGGGGCGACAAGGUCUUAGAGCCAAAGUGGACUUGUCCAUACAUCUACCCAGAAGGCGGCGAGUUUACAUAG